AUGUCGUCAAAUUUAACUAAGCUAGACUUUGCAGCUUUAGAUAUUUCUGGUAACAACUAUAUUUCAUGGGUUUUGGAUGCGGUGUUAUAUCUCCAAGCUAAGAAUAUUGCCCACACCAUUAAAGCGGGAAAUGUUGCAUCCCAGCAGGAUAGAGCAUUGACUUUAAUUUUUCUUCGUCAUCAUAUCCACGACGGGUUGAGAUCAGAAUAUCUAACAGUUAAGGACCCUCAGGUUCUGUGGAGUUGCUUGGAAGAUAGAUAUGACCACCUGAAGAUGGUUAUUCUGCCUAAAGCCAAAAAUAACUGGUUGAAUUUACGUUUGAAAGAUUUUAAAUCUGUUUCUGAGUAUAAUUCUGCAUUGUUUAAAAUCACUUCACAACUGAAAUUGUGUGGUGAAAAUAUAACAGAUGAACAAUUACUCGAAAAAACAUUUACCACUUUCCACGCCUCGAGUGUUGUCUUGCAGCAACAAUAUCGAGAGCGUCGUUUUAAGAAAUACUCAGAGUUGAUUUCAUGUCUGCUUGUUGCAGAACAAAAUAAUGAAUUAUUAUUAAGAAAUCGUGAAUCUCGUCUAGCGGGAUCUGUUUCUGUGCCUGAAGCACAUGCAACAACAAGUUCUACCAAUGGUUAUGGACGGGGUAGUAAUAAGGGUAAAGGGAAACGUGGUCGUGGUAAUAAAAAGAACCAAGACAAAAGUGCACGGUUUAAUCCAAACCACCAGGAGUGGAAAGAUGGCACCCCAAAGAAAGAAUAG